GCCGCCCCCGGCCACAGCCCCCGGGGUGGCGGCGGCGGGGUCGGGAGCAUGCCGUACCUGCUGGUCAGCACGCAGAUCCGCAUGGAGGUUGGCCCCACCAUGGUGGGAGACGAGCAUUCGGAUCCCAGCCUGAUGCGCUACCUGGGGGCCACCAAGAGGAACAUGCUGGGGAACCACUUCUGGGAAUACUACGUGGACGAUGCACCACGGAUAGUCCUGAACAAGCUGGAGAGCUGCGGUUACCGUGUGGUCAGCAUGACGGGCGUGGGCCAGACAUUGGUGUGGUGCCUCCACAAGGAAUAGCGAGACUUCUGCACUCCAUCUGGGGAAGGACCCUGCUGGCAAUCACCUCACACAGGACUUAAUGCAAGCUUUUUUCCUUGAGUAAUUUGUUUCUGUUCCAGAUUCCAGAUGCUCAGGUGUGGGGGGAGGAGUGUUGUGGGAGCAAGACUUCACCUAAUGGAAACUCACCAUCCCUGCCAUUUCAUAAGGCCUGGGUGGAGGAAGCUAUCCCAGCCCAGACUGUAUCAGGCACACACAACAGAUGGCUUUAACUCCACAUUCAUCCAAAUGGCAGUCUGGCAAAUACCAUCUUUUUACAUUUUAAUAAUCUAUUUAGCAUGCAUUGGAAGGAGCUCAAAUAACAGACUUGCCUGUCUGUUCCUCAGGGCUGUCCUGGGGGUACAUGUUAAAUGGGAGUUCAGAACAUGCCUCCUCCCAGACCUAGGGGGGCAGGGAUGAGAGGUCAAGCACAGAUGGCAUACUGUCUCAUCCCCAAAAUGAAAGUGAAAGCAGGAACUGCUAAUCUCACACAGUGCUCUUUGAGAAUCCCUCCACUCAGCAGCAAGGCCAAUUUCCCUCCCAUACUGAAUCAUGGUUAGCAGCAUCAGACUUUUGGUCCCAAGAGUGCCAUUCAAGCAUAACACGGUGGUUCCUGAAAUACCUUAGAUCAGUACAGAAAGGUUUUGUGAACAUUUCAGGUAUCGGCUCUGUAAACGUAGCAGCAACAGUUGCAAUGCUGGAUUGUCUGGGACUGUACAUCAAUUCUGCUGUAAAGGUAACCCCAAUAAAAUAUUUAUCUGAAGAGA